AUGAAAAAAACAAUCUGCCUGAUUCUAAUUGUAUAAAGCAUAAUGUCAUUUCAUCUAAAAUAUAUAUCAGAUCCUAAAGCAUUAUGCUUAGAUGGUUCACCAUCUGUAAUUAGUUUAAAAUAUCAAGUCCUUUUAUAAAGCUGAAGGAUAUGGAACUGGAGCGAAAAAGUAUAUAUUACACUUUUAAGGAGGAUCGUAAGAUUAAUAUUUAUAUUUUUAGGAGAAUUGGGGGUUAAACCUAUGAGUAAUUAGUCAAAUCAGCAUACACUAGGUACACUUAAGAGUUAUAAUAGAUCAAAGACAGACUUAGGAAGUUCAAAGAAUUUGAAUUAACAAAUGUUAUAUUCUGGAUGGUUUGGAAGAACCAAAAAUGGAAAUGAACAUUACUAUAACUGGAAUAUGAUUUACUUAAAUUAUUGUGAUGGAACAUGUAUAUCUUCAUUAAAUAUCUUUAGAGCAUUAAGGAUAUAAAUCUGAUCCUAUAGAAUACGAGGGUUAAAAACUAUAUUUUAGAGGUGAUCAAAUAGUUAAAUCAUGGUUAUCAGAAUUAUAUGAUGAUUUGUCUAAAGCUGAAAUAGUUAUAGUCUCUGGAUGUUCAGCUGGAGGAAUAGCAGCCUAUUUCUGGGUUGAUUACAUAAGAUCUAAAUUGCCAGCCAGUGUAGUUGUUUAUGGAAUUCCUGAUUCAGGAAUUUUUAUUGAUAUGGCAGCUAUUGAUGGAACAAAUAAUCCAAGAUAAUCUCUUGAUUUACUAAUUGAUCUAGUAAAUUCUGAAGUAUCUCAUCCAAACAGUGAAUGUGUUAGUAAUAAUCAGCAAUAGAAAUGGAAAUGCUAUUAUGCAUAAUAUUUGUUAGAAUACAUAAAAACUCCUUUGUUUAUUGUUUAAUCAUUAUAUGAUUAUUAUAGUUUGAGCUAAAUGUUUAAAGUUGAUUGUGCUAAUAAUUAUAAUUUAACAUAAUGCACUCAAGAUUAAUUAGAUUUUUCAUAGAUUUUAUAUUCAAAGACUUAUGAUGUUAUUAUGAAAAGAAAGUAAAGUUUUUAAGAAACAGGUGGAUUUGCUCCUAGUUGUAUAGAACAUUGUUUUUUAUUAACGUCACGCUAUGAUUCUGCUGAUUGGUAGGUACCAGGAGAAUCAGGAAACACACUUUCAAAUACAAUAAAUAAAUGGCUAAAUUCUAAUUAAAAAUAUGAUGAUAAUAUUUACCUUGACAGUGUUGAAUGGCCAGAAAAUCAUAAGUGCUCAAAUUCAGAAUUGUCAAAUUAUUCAAAUUAAUUUUAGAUCAUCAUAAUAAUACUUAUUUCAUCAAUUAUUAGUUGA